AUGAGCGACGCGAAUAAUCCGCACGUCAAAGAACGGACCACGCCGCAAUGGGCGCUAUAUCAGCGCGAGAACUUCUGGAAGCCAAAUGAGGGUCAGGCACCGCUCUUCAACACCGAUCCUCACAAACUAGAAGCAAGAGCCAAAGAGAAACUCAACGAAGCGGGAUGGUACUACGCCUCCUCCAACGCAGGCCUCUCAACCACGCACCUCGCAAAUCGCCAAUCUUUCUUCCGCCACCGAAUCAUUCCCAACGCACUAGUCGAUACUAACAGGCGCGACACAACAACCACAAUCUUCGGCCACAAAGUCUCGGCACCGAUAGGCUUCGCCCCAAUCGGAAUCAACAAGAUCUACCACCCAUCCGGUGAAGCAGCCGUCGCCAGCAUAGCACAAGAACUAAACCUACCCUACUGCCUCUCCACAGCAGGAAGCACAGCCAUCGAGCGCGUGGCCGAAGCAAACGGGUCUGGGCCCCGAUUCUUCCAGCUAUACAUGCCGCACGACGACGAGCUGACGCUCUCCCUGCUCACGCGGGCCUGGAACGCUGGCUUCGAUGCCUUGAUCCUCACGACGGAUACAUGGCAGCUCGGCUGGCGGCAUGACGACGUUGCGCACGCUAACUACGCCUUCUACCGCGGCUUUGGCGCGGACUUGGGUCUUUCAGAUCCGGUGUUUAGGGCCCGGUGUGUGGAGGACGGCAUCGACCCGGACAGGGACCUCGUUGCUGCGUCGAGCAAAUGGAUUGAUUCUAUCUGGCACGGGCGCGCCUGGUCCUGGGACAAAAUACCCUGGCUGAUAGCGCAGUGGAAGCGUAUCUCCGGCGGGCGGCCGUUCGCAAUCAAAGGGAUCCAAUCUGUGUCCGACGCGCGGAAAUGCGUGCAGUAUGGUGUCGACGGAAUUGUCGUGAGUAACCAUGCCGGGCGGCAGGUUGACGGGGCAAUUGCUAGCCUGGAUGCGCUGGAGAAGAUUGCCGAGGCGGUCGGGGAAGAGAUCUAUGUCAUGUUUGAUUCUGGGGUGCGCGGGGCGAGCGAUGUUGUGAAGGCUGUGGCGCUGGGUGCGAGGUUCGUGUUUGUUGGGAGACUGUGGGUUUGGGGGUUGGCUGUUGGGGGGGGAGGAUGGGGUGCGGCAUGUUAUGAAGGGUUUGUUGGCGGAUUUGGAUAUUUUAAUGGGGGUUGCUGGGUUCAAUUCGGUGGGCGAGUUUGA